UUGAGGCAUGAACAAAGCAGGUCAAUGGGGUCCAAAAGGCAUAUCAGCCACUGGGUUGCCACCUGGGGUCUAAUCUCUAGGGAGGGGGUGGGGCAGACUUUUACCCCAUGAGUUACAGUGCUUUGCAGUGUGAGUACCUGGGUGUGGGGAAAGGACAGCAGCAAGGGAGUGAGUCCCUCAUGCGAAAGGUAAGAUGUGCAAGCAAUUCCUCUGGCUGAGGCUCCACAGUCUUGCCCUUGGGGGCCUGGACAGACCCCACUGGCUACUCUCCCUGGUGCUGGGCAGUGGACAAAGCCCAUGGGGCUACACCCAGUACCACCUGCUCUCGCAGGGCCCAAGGAAGACAAGGCUCUUCUACAGGCAUCUCAGGGAACACAGCAGCAGCUGCUGGGGCCUUGCAGGCUUUCACCAGAAAAUUGUGGGCGGAAACUUCCCGGGGUUUGCUCUGAGCCGGUUUGAGGCUUCUCAGCUUCAGACGCAAAGUGAGUGGGUGUCUCUUUGAGAAGCAGAAAGACAGAAGGAAAGAGAGAACGAGAGAGGUGUUUCCCUUGCCUAUGGAAACUCUAUAAAGACAGAGCCGGCUUUUCUUCCCUGGAGCAUUCAGAAAAAGCGGUCCUGGCCUUGACAUCUUCACUGGGGGCCAGCCCGAGGAACAGGCUGCCAUGCAGCAGCCCCUGAAUUACCCAUACCCCCAAAUCUACUGGGUGGACAGCAGGGCCAGCUCUCCCUGGGGCCCUCCUGGGUCGGUCCUCCCGUGUCCAUCCUCUGUGCCAGGAAGGCCUGGACAAAGGAGGCCGCCACCGCCACCACCACCAACACUACCACCACCGCCACCACCACCGCCACCACCGCUGCCCCCACUGCCAUUGCCACCUCUGAAGACGAGGAGGGACCACAACACAGGGCUGUGUCUUCUUGUGAUGUUUUUCAUGGUUCUGGUGGCCCUGGUUGGACUGGGGCUGGGGAUGUUUCAGCUCUUCCACCUCCAGAAGGAGCUGGCUGAACUCAGAGAGUCCACCAGCCAAAAGCACGUAGCAUCAUCUUUGGAGAAACAAAUAGGUCAACUCAAUCCACCCUCUGAAAAAAAGGAGCUGAGAAAAGUGGCCCAUUUAACAGGCAAGCCCAACUCAAGAUCCAUCCCUCUGGAAUGGGAAGACACAUAUGGAAUUGCCCUUGUCUCUGGGGUGAAGUAUAAGAAGGGUGGCCUUGUGAUCAAUGACACUGGGAUGUACUUUGUAUAUUCCAAAGUGAACUUCAGGGGUCAGUCCUGCAACAACCAACCCCUGAACCACAAGGUCUAUAUGAGGAACUCUAAGUAUCCCCAGGACCUGGUGCUGAUGGAAGGGAAGAUCAUGAACUACUGCACUACUGGCCAGAUGUGGGCCCGCAGCAGCUACCUGGGGGCAGUAUUCAAUCUCACCAGUGCUGACCAUUUAUAUGUCAAUGUAUCUGAAUUAUCUCUGGUCAGUUUUGAGGAAUCUAAGACAUUUUUUGGCUUAUAUAAGCUCUAAGAAAAGCACUUUGGGAUUCUCUCCAUAUGGUUCCUUGUUACAGGCACUGAGAAUAUGAUCUUGAAUGAGAGUCUUCUUAAGCCCACUUGAGGUCAAGUGAGAAGACAUGAGCCAAGUAGACCUUGAGACUACAGGGUCCAGCAGGUCUACAGUUCCUCAUCUCACUGUAGAUGUCCAUCUGUCUGGUCCAUGUGCCAGACAGGAGGGGGAAUAUGACUGAAGAACGUGAGACUCUCGCUGCCAUGUGAAGAUGCAGAGGCAGGGAGAAGCAGCUACCAAGGUGUUCUACACUCAUCUUAAGUGGCCAAAAGCAUUUUGGCCCAUUGGAAAGGACAAUUAACUCACCUCUUGGCGUGAGUUUACUGUCUACCUCAGGGGAGGCCGCCUUUCAGAUAUAUGGAUGUGACAUGAGUGUAUAAGGGAUGGAAAAAGAAGACUAGGCUUGCAUGAUAAGCUAAAGAGACGAAAAGGCCAAUGUCCCAUUGGCAGCAUCUUUAUUUCCUUUUUUUGUUUUUUUCAAAUUUUUUGGUAACGUUUAUUUAUUUUUGAGACAGAGAGAGACAGAGCAUGAACGGGGGAGGGGAAGAGAGAGAGGGAGACACAGAAUCGAAAGCAGGCUCCAGGCCCUGAGCCAUCAGCCCAGAGCCCAACGCGGGGCUUGAACUCACAGACGGUGAGAUUGUGACCUGAGCUGAAGCCGGACGCUUAACCGACUGAGCCACCCAGGCACCCCGGCGGCAUCUUUAUUUCUAAAUGCAUAGCCUGAGCUACCAGGUGAUGCUAACAGAGUGGAAAGGGGGAUCUUUUGGGAAGUUGGUCCUUUCCCUACACAGCAUGUACAUUUUCAGUGCAAUUGUAGAGGUGUGUAUGUGUGCACACGUGUGUGCGUGCGUGUGUGCGUGCAUGCAUGUGCACAUGUUCACAUGCAUGUGACUAGAAGAGUUACCUAAGUAGGGACAAUGUGGAGAUUGGGAAGGAUAUGUUAGGAAAACAUGGGUCGCAUUCAGUGGUAGAUUUUGAGUACUUCUCGGCAACGAACUCAGCUGUCCUCAAAAUAGUCCUCAAGACUCUUUGAUUGUCAGCUGUUGAUGCUGUUUUCCUAUAAUAUAAUCAGUAUUUAUAUACAUUUUGUGUAUUUUAAUGAAAAGAAUACAUGUAAUAAAAAUUACAUUUUAGAAUACAGAUAAACAUUAUGAAUGUGCUUUUUGGAAAUCACUAAGAUUUGGAUUUUUUCCUUAUUAUUUCUCUCCUCCAUGGCUUCCUCACUUAUUUUGACUUAAGGCCAAGUUAAGAAGAACUCACUGGGGUGAGAAGAACUGUGGAGCAAAUCUGUCAUUGCCAGACAUCCCUCUCCCUCAGCCUCUUUCCCAUUAUCCAAAGUUUUCAUUACCUAUGCUAUUGCCAGUGUUAAGCUCAUCCAACUUGCAAUAGAUUUGAUGACAAUUUCCCCCCACCCCCCAAGGUGCAGAGCCAUACCAGAGUGGAAGGGGCAAGACUUUGGACUGAAAAACCUGAACUUCAAUCUUUGUUCCUCUACUUACUAACUGUGUAAUCACUAGGCGAGUCACUUGACCUCUCUUGGACAAAAAUGGCUGAUAUGUACAUAAAGUAUUGAUACAUGGCAUCUGUCUAAACAAUAGCAUCUAUCUUUAUUGAUAAGCCACUCUGUGAGAGGCACUUCAUGCUCCAGAAGAAGCCAUUGACCUGAGGGAUCCAUCCAAACCCCUGGUCUCUUACACUGUUCUUUUCUUCACUCACAAUGACUUUUUCCUAUUUUUUUUUUCAACUAUUCACUACCAUGGCUUCUCCUUAGACUUUG